GCCAGACGAGAGAUGCAUGGUACCUUUUUUAACUGUUUUCUUAAGCAUUUCUGGUUGCUAAUGAGUCCUCGUCCUACGUUUUGGCCGUCGCGGAAGUGAAGGUGGAAUGGUGAGGAAGAGGUCGGGCGAAGAGAGAGAGUGAGUUAUGAGUUACGUACUAAGAACGCUGAGGAAAAAGCGAGAGGUGGACACAAUCAUCAGAGACACCAUCGACAAGGUCCUCGUCCUACGUUUUGGCCGCUCUUCCGACCCCGUCUGUCUCCAUCUCGAUGAUGCCCUUUGCAAAUCGGCUCGGGAGGUGUCCAAGUUUGCUAAUGUAGUACUCGUUGAUAUCGAUUCCGACGAAAUUCAAGUUUAUGCCAGCUACUUUGACAUUACUUUCAUACCUUCCACUGUUUUCUUUUUCAACGCUCAUCACAUGAAGAUGGACUCUGGUACUGCAGAUCAUACUAAAUGGGUAGGUGCAUUUCACAAGAAGCAGGACUUCAUUGAUGUUGUAGAGGCAAUUUACAGAGGGGCCAUGAAAGGCAAGCUGAUAGUGAGUUGCCCUCUGCCUUCAGAGAGAAUACCAAAGUAUCAAUUGUUGUACAGGGAUGUGUAAAAGGUGAAGUGACCUCAGUAAAGACUCGAUGGAGCUUGAAGAUUAUCCUGUACUGUACAUGUUGAUUUGAAAGAAUGCCAAGUGUUUUUUUUUUCUCUGGGGGAAUUUCCGCAGAAAAAUUGUUCAAGAGAGUGAAAGUUUUUGCAUUGUAAAUUUCAGAUUUGACAUGAACA